AUGUUUCAGAAACGUAAACAAGAAAUUUUCGAAUUUUUGGAUUCAACAAAAAAAAUCCUUGAAGAAAACACAACAAAUCCGAAUGGAAACAAAUGGCUUGAUAGUAUUGACAAAAAUUUUAACCCUAUAUGCAAAUUUAUAGAAGAUUGUGAUAAAUUUAAAAAGCAGGAACAUAUUCCAAAAACAUGGAAGGAUCGCAAUUAUAACAUUUUG